CUCGUCUUUCCCCCCCAGCCAGCCUCGCCUCACCGACUCCCCGAUCCGGUCCCUCCCUUCGCCAGCUAUGCAUCCCUCCUCCGGCGCGGGGGACUACGCCCCUUACUACCCACCUUAUCCCUCCCCGGCCGCGCCGCCUCCCGCCGCCUACCCGUCGGUGUCCGCCCCGGCUUCUGCGCCCCCGUACUCGUCGUACCCCGCGGACUUCGCCCCCGCGCCUUCGUACCCCGCGUACCCGCCCGCCGACCUCCCCCACUACGCGCCGCCGCCGGCUGCGCCCGCGCCCCCGCAGCCGUACUACCCCUACGAGCCGGCGCCGGCGCCGCCGCUGCCGCCGUCCCCGCACAACCCGGUGCCCUCUCCGUACCCGUCGCUGGAUCGGGCGGGGAGCUACGGCUACGGAUCUGGCCCUGGCUCCGGGUACGGCCAGGAGCUGUACCCGCCCAAGCCGGCGGGCGGGUGGUCCGACGACGGAGCGUACGCUUACAACGGGGGCGACGCGCCGGAGCCGUACGGGUCCAGGGGCACCGCACCGAGGCCGGGCUCGGGAUCCGCGCUGUUUGAUGACUACGGGAGGUCCAUUGGCUCAGCUGCCGAUAGGGGUGGCCGUGGGGGUAGCGCGGCCAGCCCCAAGGUGGUGAGGGCCGUGCCCAAGGCAGAGACGUCAGAGGACGUCAGGGGUGGGGUGCAGAAGUUCAGGGUCAAGCUGCUGCCGGAGGGCGCUGGGAGCCCCAUGGAUGUGCUCUGUCAGGUUGGUCUGGAUGGAAUUCGGAUGCUUGAUCCCAACACUGGUAGGACACUAAGAAUAUAUCCCCUUGAAACUGUAACUAGAUGCGAUGUAUUAGAUUCCUCUAUUUUUGCCUUUUGGUCCAAGAGUUCGGUGGAUGUUGAAGGAAAAAGAAUAAGGCUGAAAUCAAACAGCUAUACAUCCAGCACCAUUCUUGACACUGUCACAGCUGCGACUGUGCAGUUCAAGGAGAUGGGUGAAAGCAGCAUUUCAAGAAGUAGAGCAAUUGCUGAUGCAUCCAAGCCCGCUGAGCAGCAAAAUGAGAGGAAGAAAAAUUUCCUUGAUUGGAGGAAUUUAAUGAAGCCUAUUAAUGAGGAGAAAGAUCACUGGGUCCCAGAUGAAGCUGUCAGCAAGUGCACAGCAUGCGCAGCAGAUUUCAGUGCUUUCAACCGCAGGCAUCACUGUCGAAACUGUGGUGAUAUUUUCUGCGAUAAGUGCACCCAGGGAAGAACUCCUCUGACUACAGAUGCAGAUGCUCAACCAGUUCGAGUUUGUGACAGAUGCAUGGCUGAAGUAACGCAAAGACUUAACAAUGCAAGGGAAGUGGCUAAUCGACCUAUUGUUCACAGCCACGAGGAUCUUGCCAAAAAACUUCAGGAAGCCAUGGAUAUAAAUAAAAGGUCGUCUUCAGGAACAAGGUCUUCAGAUGUUUCUGGCAAGCGGAUGCGGGAGGUCGCAUGCCCAACCUGCACGGUCCAUCUUCAGGUCGAGGUUCCAGCUUCUGGUUCGGAGACGAUAGAGUGCGGCGUAUGUCAGAACCCUUUCCUCGUCAGCGCCCGUUGAACCGAGUUCAGCGGCUUCAGGCGCCGUGCGGCGGAGUCUUCUCGGAUUCGCAAGCGAAGAGUCGGUCCUGUUCAAUCGAGCCUGGCGCUUGAAUUCCGGCUAUCCCUGUCUGUCUGUACCCUAAUUCUGCACGGAAGUCUGUCACUGCAAGUUGUUAGUAAGUUAUAUGGAUGAGUAAUGAGUUGAGUCGUUUGCAAGUUGUUAGUACAGUUGUGAGUUGCUUUGAGAAGCAAGCAGGGUCAUGUGUUUGUACUGCCAACAACUAACUUUGCUGUUGUUACAUGAGAAAAAAAAUGGUGUAAACUAUGCUGUUGCUACAUGAGAAAAUUGCAUGGAUCCAGUGU